AUGCUAUCCCGGUCCUUUCCCCUCCUUUCCCUUCUUCUCUCCACAGUUUCCUCUUAUAAUUUCCUCAUCGUCAAUCCAAUAUACGGGUACAGUCAUGCCAAAUAUCUCGGAAAACUGGCAGAUGUUCUCGCAGACGCUGGUCACAAAGUGGUAGGUCAAAACACGGAAAACUGGUUGUUCCAGUUGUCUCGUUUCAGACUGUCUUCCAACAUUAUCACACAGUCUUCAAAAACUCUGACAAAUACGUGAAGAACAAAAAUGUAGAGAUUCUCAAUUACUUCCCGGAUAAAUAUGAAGAAAUGCUCAAGAAGGAGGCGAGGACGUUCCCAGACUUCUGGGAUUCGCCAAUGAUGACGAACGUCGUUUUGAGCAGUUUUGUGAUGCCUGAUUUGCUGAGAAAAGAGUUUGAAAAAGAGUCGACAAGUAAGUUGAGUUCACGAGGUUCGGCUCACGAGCACAUUCGGCUAUUUGUAGGAGUUCUGAAAGACAAGGAUCUUCAUCAGCAACUGAAAGACAAGAAAUUCGACGCAGUCAUCGUAGAAACAUUCGAGUCUUCAGGAUUCUGUAAGUGUUUCUGAAAAGGAAUGACUCAAGGGAACCUUUUUUUCCAGAUCUGGCUCACCUUAUCGGUGUGAUCCCAAUUGCCACUAUGUCUUCCGUCCGUCAUCCUUCUCAAUCCCUUUUCGGACAGCCCUCAAUUCUCGGCUACGUCCCAGGAGAAGGCUCAAACCUGCCACCGAACGCUGGUUUCCUCGACCGUCUCAAUGAUGUGUACACCAAAUUGUUCGUAUCCAGAAUGUUCCACGGACUUUUCGAAGAGCAGCACAAAGUCUACGCAGCCGCAAUCGGCGGAGAUGUUCCGCACUGGGAAGAGCUUGUGAAGAGGUCGCCGAUCUUUCUGACGAACGGCAAUCCGUACCUUGACUUCGCAGUGCCAUCGCCUGGGAACAUUGUGCAGAUUGGUGGGAUUACAACUCCAAAGCAUGUAAGAAAGUGGAUCCGUUGCCCGAAGAGUACGAGAAGAUACUGGAGGAACGGGAUUCCACUGUCCUGGUCUCUUUCGGGUCCGUCAUGCGUUCUUAUCAAAUGCCACCCAAGUUCAAGUGAGUUAUUUAAUUAGACUUUUUAUUUUGAAAACAACUUGUAUACUUUGAAGGGCGGGAGUGAUUAAAAUGUUCGAAAACCUUCCGGAUGUCACUUUCAUUUGGAAGUAUGAAAUCGACGACGAAGAGCUUCAAAAGCGCCUUCCGAGCAAUGUGCACUUGAAGAAAUGGGUGCCACAGCCUGCUCUUCUGGCUGAUAAACGAGUGAAAGUGUUCGUGACUCAUGGAGGUUUAGGAAGCACAAUGGAAGUGGCUCAUUCCGGGAAACCAGCUCUUAUGGUAAGAUGGUCUUGAAAGUGGAGAUGCGCAUAAUGAGAGAAUGUUUCAGAUACCUCUGUUUGGUGAUCAACCUCUUAAUGCGCAAAUGCUGGCGAGACACGGCGGAGCAGUUGCGUACAACAAGUACGAACUUCCAAACGGAGAGAAGUUGACGGCCACUAUGAGGGACAUGGUACACUCCCCAAAGUACAAAGAGCACGCCGAAGAGCUGAAGCACGUGCUGGAGAGUCAGCCGAUUGAUCCGAAAGAAACAUUUCUGAAGCAUGUGGAAUUCGCAGUCAAGUAAGUUCAUCUUUAUUUUCCAAUAUAACUGUUCUUUGUUCAGAUUCCCUCACUUCAAGUCACAGAUCCCGGAGAUCAGCGGCUCCGGACUCAUCGGAUUCUACUACCUUGACGUUAUUUUUUUCUUCUCUGUUAUUCUCCUCAUUUCCCUGUAUCUCAUAGUCAAAUUGACUCUCCGAAUUGUCCGGAGAUUCGCCACCGUACAAUCGAGAAAAUCCAGAACCGAGUAA